GGCGGAGCCACGCCCCCACCGCCAGCCUGCCACUCUCUCUUCCGCUGCCCGCACGGGGCACGGGCGGGGCUGAGGCGGAAGGGCACGGAAGGAGGUGACGAUGUAAGUGAGCGCCGGCGUCGCGGCGGAGGCUGCAAAGGAAGCUCGGUGGCCGUGGCCGCUGUGAGCAGGCCGGACACCUCCUCACUGUCUGGGGUUCCCUAGAGCUGGCGAAGGCGGGGCCUUAGUCUGAGCUGCGGCAGUAUCUGAACUCGCGGUGGGGCAGGUGCCGGCAGCGAGCGACGUAGCUGCAUCAAGAUCUCAUUAUGCAUCAGAAAAAUGAAAAAACAGAAGAAAAUUUUAUGGAGGAAAGGAAUCCACUUAGCCUUUUCUGAGAAAUGGAAUACUGGAUUUGGAGGCUUUAAGAAGUUUUGCUUUCACCAACACUUGUGCAUUCUGAAAGCCAAAUUGGGAAGGCCAGUUAUUUGGAGCAGGCAGCUGAGGCAUUUCCAGUGCAGAAAGAAGGCCCUUCAAAUCCAGAAGACAUGGAUCCAGGAUGCACCUUUUUUUGCUAAGGCAAAGUCCAGUGUGGCUCUUCAGAAUGUUAGUACUUUGCCCUCUAAAGUGAAAAGAAAAGACUCUAAACACUUCAUUUCCUCCUCAAGGACCCUCCUGAAACUCCAAGCAGAGAGGCUGCUAUCAUCAACAAAGAACUCUGACCAUGAAUACUGUGGAGAUAAAAGUCUCUUGAAGGCGGUUGCGGACUUACCAGCAAAUAGUGUUUUAGGUCAGGUCAGUGGUCACAGACCUAGGACGGAGCCACAAGCUUCUGACUUUCCCAUGAAGUUCAAUGGGGAGAGCCAAAGUCCAGGUGAGAGUGGCACAAUUGUGGUCACCUUGAGCAACCAUAAGAGAAAGCGCUUUUGUUAUGGCUGCUACCAAGGGCUGGAGCACCACAGGAAUGGGGGACCCCUGAUUCCAAAAAAGUUUCAACUUAACCAACAUAGAAGAAUAAAAGUAUCUCCUCUUAUGAUGUAUGAGAAAUUAUCCAUGAUUAGAUUUCGGUACAGGAUUCUCAGAUCCCAGCACUUCAGAACAAAAAGCAAAGUUUGCAAGCUAAAAAAAGCCCAGCGAAGCUGGGUGCAGGUCACUGGGGACCAUCAAGAGACCCUUAGGGAAAACAGUGAGGGUGGCAGUUGCAGCCCAUUCCCUUCCCCAGAACCUAAAGACCCUUCUUGUCGGCAUCAACCAUACUUCCCAGAUAUGGACAGCAAUGCUGUGAUGAAGGGAAAGAACUCUCAUGUGCCUGAUGGCCACACUAAAGGAAGCCCUUUCUUGGGCAAGGAGCUUAGUUUAGAUGAAGCAUUCCCUGACCAACAGAAUGGUAGUGUCACAUACACCUGGGACCAGUCACCCUGUUCUCCUAAGUGGGAGUGUACAGAGCUGAUUCAUGAUAUCCCCUUAUCAGAACAUGAUUCUAGUAACAUGUUUAUCUCAGAAAAUGAAAGAGAAGUUAUGACUCUGGGUCAGGAAAAUCGGACAAGUACUGUCAGUGAUGACAGAGUAAAACUGCCCAUGUCUGGGGCAGAUCAGUCUGUGAGUGAUGUAGAUGGGCCUGUGUCCGAAAAGACUGAGAGCUCAUGCCAGAUGGAUGAGGAUGGAUCUCUCAAGCAGAACAUUCUUAGUUCUAAGUUGCUGGACCACCCUUACUGUAAAAGUCCACUGGAGGCUCCUCUGACAUGCAGUGGACUCAAACUCGAAAAUCAAGCAGGAGGUGGGAGGAACAGUCAGAAAGCAUCUCCUGUGGAUGACGAACAGCUGUCAAUCUGCCUUUCUGGAUUCCUAGAUGAGGUUAUGAAGAAGUAUGGCAGUUUGGUCCCACUCAGUGAAAAAGAUGUCCUUGGAAGACUAAAAGAUGUCUUUAAUGAAGACUUUUCUAAUAGAAAACCAUUUAUCAAUAGAGAAAUAACAAACUAUCGGGCCAGGCAUCAAAAAUGCAACUUCCGCAUCUUCUACAAUAAGCACAUGCUGGAUAUGGAUGAUCUGGCAACUCUGGAUGGUCAGAAUUGGCUGAAUGACCAGGUCAUUAAUAUGUAUGGUGAGCUGAUAAUGGAUGCAGUCCCAGACAAAGUUCACUUCUUCAACAGCUUUUUUCAUAGACAGCUGGUAACCAAAGGAUAUAAUGGAGUAAAAAGAUGGACUAAAAAGGUGGAUUUGUUUAAAAAGAGUCUUCUGUUGAUUCCUAUUCACCUGGAAGUCCACUGGUCUCUCAUUACCGUGACACUCUCUAAUCGAAUUAUUUCAUUUUAUGAUUCCCAAGGCAUUCAUUUUAAGUUUUGUGUAGAGAAUAUAAGAAAGUAUUUGCUGACUGAAGCCAGAGAAAAAAAUAGACCUGAAUUUCUUCAGGGUUGGCAGACUGCUGUUACAAAGUGUAUUCCACAACAGAAAAAUGACAGUGACUGUGGAGUCUUUGUGCUCCAGUACUGCAAGUGCCUCGCCUUAGAGCAGCCUUUCCAGUUUUCCCAAGAGGACAUGCCCCGAGUGCGGAAGAGGAUUUACAAGGAGCUGUGUGAGUGCCGGCUCAUGGACUGAAACUCAGCAGGACUCUGGAAGGUCUGACCAAGUUGAAGCAGAUGGUUUGUUACUUGAAUCUCCAAACACUUAUUUGAAUUUUUACAGAUAUUUCAGAUCAGUGGUGUUGGGCCACUAUUGUUACCUCAAAUUUGUUUUUUGCCCUAUUCAUUUCUCUAGCUACCGUGUACUAUUUUUUAAUGUUCAGUUUGGUUUCAUUUUUAAUUUUAUGGAUUCCGUGUGUUUCCCCCAUAUUUAAUAUUUAUUAUCCAAACGCAUGCAUAUAGACAGAGCAUGCAGUGCAGAGUAUUAAAAAAAAAGCCUAGUAGAUUUGGUGCAGCUUUUGAAAUUUACUUAGACGUGAACUGAAUACAGGUUUAAAAUUUAAUCCCAGAACCUAAAAGUGCAGGAUGUUUUUGAUACAACAUAACUUUGAGAAGGAUCGUUGUUCCCUGGGGUGUAAAGGGUAGCUAGGAGUGGUGGUUUUGACAAACCCAGUCCUGUUUAACCUGCUGCACCUUUCAUGGACUUCCUUCUCCAGAUGAGUCUUGCAGAGUAAAUUGCAUUCCUUUUGAAAGGGUGAGAAGUGGCCAAAACCUGACUGGUGUGUUCUAUUUAGACAAGCACACUUAUAAGUGCAGUGCCUACUUUGGGAGGAGUUGAUUAAAGACAACAGCUUUUUUUUGGGGGGGGGGGUGUCCAGUUAUUUUAACACAUGAGAAAAUUUCAAUCUUGGCUUUAAGAAUUACAACAAAUGCCUAAAUCUUAUAAAGGCUUUUGCUGGAACACUGAAUUCUCUGGAUUUAUUAAAAAACAUUAAUAUCCAUCAGACUAGUAGUCAACCACAUGAGAAUUCAGCCUUUCCAAGAGUAAUUUACAAGUUGUCACUACCCUUGUGUUGUCUAAGAUGUGGCAAAUACCUUUCUAUUUCAAUGGUGUUUAAAUAUUAAUCUUCAGAACUAAAGACUGACCAGGUCUUUUGCAGAUGGGUGGGGAGAAGAGGAAAAGUAGUAAGACUUGCUUGCACAGGAGCACAGCAGAUGUUACUAGACUUUUUUUGCUCCUACGUCUUUAGUGAUCUCAGCAGCAUGCGGGGCUCCCUCAGUUGGCCUCUUGUUGACCAACCCUGAGACUCCAGAGCUGGAGUCCUUUUUUCACUUCUGUCAACCUCGUCUUCUGGGGAAAAGCAGAAGCAACCCUGUCCUAAUACUUCGCUGCAUUAGGAUUAAAGUAAUGGAUCUUGCAUCUUUAUUCUAGCCUUUUGUGAUAUUUGAAAAGAAAGGAAAUGAGGAAAGAUGCAUGUUAAACUACUCAAUUACCUUUUCUGAACUGGGGCAGAAAAAACAACAGAGGUGUGUGUAAGCAUCUCAGAAGCUUACACCAAAUACCAGGUAAAUGACAGAAGAUACUUGGAUUUAUGCCUGGUUAGGUGUGGGGUGUUGGAAAUAAAAAGUUAAAACGUGCAGUUAAACUUGGCCGUGAGGUAAGGUUUCCAGCAGUUGAAGGUAGAGUCAGAACAUGUUUACACGCAGGGUUCCCAUCCCCUGACAUUCCAAGCACCAACACCAGUGUUUACAUUGUAAAGAGCCCCAGCAUUCUCCACACUCCUCUAGACUUCGUGUAAAACCAGGUCAGUAUUUCUUACUGUGCUUCAGGUCGCUAAAAGGACUGAGAUCAGAGGCACUUUAUGCUGCUACAGUUAGGCUUGUGUUGUCAGCAUUUGCAAAGAUGACAAUUUAA